UGGUGUGUGUGCGUGUCCGUCCGUCCGUCCGUGUCCGCGCGCGCUCCCUGGGGCCUGUACCCGCGGUGUUUACCUCGGAGAGGGCGUGUCCCGGGCUGUCCACAGCAGUAAACGCGGAAUAAGGACCCGAGCAAAGGAAGCCGACAGGUCCGUGGUCACCCUGGGGCCGCGAAUUCUCGCCCCGGGCGUCCUCUUUCUUACCAGCCAGCGCUGCCAGGCCUCCGCUCUCUGCGGAGUUUCCCAGGGCGGCCACCAUGUGACCCCAGCGUUUGUCCCGCGCCCAAGCCGGCCACAGGGUGGGGCGAGGUAUUGCAGACCUCACCCAGCUGAGCUGGGGAUGAGGUGAGGGAGGCACCCCUCGUCCAGCACCCUGGUGGAUCUGGUAACAGAAUGAGUUGGAGCCCAGAUUCUUGUCCCCAGGUUUGGGGGCUCCCUGGGGAGAGAGGACUCUGGGGACUCUUGUUCAUCCACACGGUUGUCCAUCCUCUCAAGUCUCAGGAAAAACAGGAAGGGCCAGAAAAUCCACGUCAAAGGUGGGGGGAGGGAGGGAAUCCCAGGCUUCCUCUCUUGGGUGGCCACUCUGGCUAGUCUGGGUUCUGGAAGCUGUACAUACUGGGUUGCAGAGGAUGAGGGGGAGCUGGUUUCUGCCCUCCAGGUAGUUUCAGCUCAUAGAUGGGACUAGUCAAAUGGGACCUAUUGACAGCUGGACCCCAGAAGCUAGUUGAGGACCUGUGCCAGCUGGCAGACUCAGAGUCCUCACCCAGAGCCAGGCAGGGUCACCUGGCAUUGGGGAUAGGCGCUCUUACAGGUGGAAGGGUUAAUGUGGAAGGGGUGGCAACUGAUCCAGCCCUACCCAUCCGCUUACCCAGCAGCCCUGCAGAAAGCACCUGUUUAGCCCAGCAGCCUGAAGGAUGGGCUGGAGACUAGGGCUUCCUUACUCCUAAUCCACCUUCCCCCUCCUCCCACCCACAGAGCACUUGAGCUUGCUAGGGCGAGGAACCCGUGAUCUUUUAACUUUGACUCUGCGAGCCCUGGUGAGCUGCAGAUGUCCCCAUCUACAGCUGGAACUAGGCCAGGACCUCCCAAGCCAGGAGCCUGGGCUUUCCAGGAGUAUGUGGGCUUUGAGUGAAGGGGGUUGCAGUCAGGAGUGCAGGAACCAGGCGGGCCCAUCCUCAAAGCCAGGCAGGAAACAUCCCCAAGCAGGGUGAGGGUCAGGGGCUGAGAGGAAGUGGCUGUUGACUCAGUCACAAAUGGAAAGUUAGCACUGAAAGGUUUGACCUCCCAUUGAAUCACCCCGGGGCUCUCUAGGGCCCAGGACCCAGCGGGCUCCUUCAGUCCUGAUGUUUCUAUCCCUACGGUGCCACCGGGCCUGGGUUGUGGCCAGAUGCUGGGGAUGAAACCACGAAUGAGCCAGGUGGAGAGACGGCCCUCUGGGAGCUCGCAGCUGAACAGGGGAGACAAAGGUGAAGAGAACCACAGCUCCAUGGGUGGUGUGAGGGAGAAGUCACUGUGGUUUGAGAGUAUAUAUCAGGCCUUAGCCAGGGCAAUCAAGGAAGGCUUCCCUGCGGAGGUGACUAGUGAGCCCAGUCUGAUGGAGUGGUGAUAUCUAGGAAGCCCUGAGAGCAGGAGCUUUCAUCUUUGGGCCUUCGGGACUAGGCACAGAGCCUGGCACACAGUAGGUGCUUCUUGGAUGUUUGCUUGAUUGAAUGAAUGAGCACUCGGUCCAUGACCUUGAAGAGCUCCAUGACACAGGGAGAAAAAGGCCUGGGGAUCCCAGGGAAGCAGGAAGCCAGGGCCAGGGCUGGAGGAUCCUUGAAGCAGUCUCCCAAAGUGAGCAGGUCCUUCAGAGCUCAGGUGACCUCCUCCCUCACACACACACACACACACAGGCACUGCCUGUGUGUCCCUGUGGGAAACAUGCAGGGACAGUGGAAUGCCUGUUCGUUCAUCUGUUGUCAGCAUGUGAUCCUGGGAGCGGGGACGUAGCAGAGCCUGAGGGUCCCACUGUGUGGGCUGGGGAGAGCCGCACUGCAAGGUUUGAAAUGGGCCAAACAUGGUCAGGUUUGUGGGUUUGCGUCAGAGACGACGCCUCCGACAGCCCUUGGGGGAGGAUCGGUGGUGAGGGUUGGAGAUGGAGGCCAGCGAGCAGGUGCUGUGGUCCUGGGCCAGAGGAAAGAGGAAGUGGUCCCUGGCUGUGCCGUGGAGCCGAGGGACGGUCAAGGCCGAUGGUCUGGGGGUCUGUGUCCUCUGCUUUCCUUCCCCUUCUUCCAGGGCCUCCACUCUGCUGGUGGUCUUGGAGCUCUGGGCCAGAAUCUGACACUAUAAACUUGGAGAUCGUCGUUGUUGGAAGGUACCGUGGGCUCAGAGGAGGUUUUGCAUGUUGGGAAACUGAGCCCAGAGCAAAGGAGUGUUGUGCCUGAAGUCACACAGCAAGUGUGAGUGGGCGGCAGACCUGGGGCUGGAGCCCCAGACCGUUGCUUCCCUGCAGUGCUCGCUUCCCCUGGCCUUGCUCCCCUGCCAGCAGGGAGGAGGCUCCACCAGUGCGAACUGCCAAGACCCAGGAAAACACAUUUUUUCCCUCUGUCCUCACAGAUCAAGCAAAAUGGCUCAGCAGCCAGGAGGAGCCCAUGCCAGUGGGUGGGGAUGGACCGGGGGCCCCGCGAGGGGGACGUAGAAGGGCUGUAGCCACUGACUGGACAAGGCAGCUGUCUGUCCCCCAAGAGUAAGAGUGCUCCCCAUGCCUCCAGAGAGUAUCAGGAACCUGCAGACCCUGGAGUCAGCUCUGCCGGCUUGCGAGGGAAGGGGAAGAAGCCGGGAGGGGUGCUGGUGCCGGGCAUCAAAGAGAGAGCCUGAGCCACGGAUUGGACCCCCAGGUUCUGGUCCACCAGUGCCACCAAACAGCUGCGUGGUUGCUUCCAGUGCAGAACAGGGACUGGAGCAGCUGCAGGCCCAGGGGCAGUCAGACGGGCAGAGGCGGGGGACCCAGCCCCCCCCCUGCUUACAACCCAGCAGCCCCUGGCCUGGGGCUGGAGGCCAAAAGCCUGAGGUUAUCAGAAAGUUCCCCCUUCUUGUGACUUUCCCUCUGUGGCUGCCUGACUUUGCUGAGCGAGGACAUUCUGGGCAAACGUGGGUGCCUCAGCUGACAUCCAGUUGAGGGGGCUGAGGCUAGGAGUGGAGGGCAUGGAGGACAGGAGGGCACAGCAGGUCCAAGCCUUACUAGGGCCGGAGGGCAGUUAGAAUCACAGCUGUUACAGCUUCGCCAUUCUCCAGAGUAGGGAAUGGCCAGCAGUUCCACCUCUGAGGUCUACGCUACAGGCGGUGUUGAGAAGGAUUCUGAGGCUGCGUCCAAGCUCCAUGGAAAGCAGUGCUGUGCUGAGAAAGAUGCAGGGGCUGCCCACCACUGGGAAUGGGCGCUGUGAUUGGCUAGUGUUGAGAGUGGACAGAGGGGUGAUGGCGACAGGGGCUGACCACCUGCACCUCCUGAUCUCGUCUAAGCCUCUUGUAUUUCCCACACUGAUACUGUUAUGAUCAUCCCCACUCUACGAGUGAGGACCCCAGGCCCAGAGAGGAAGACUGACUUGUGCGAGGAGCCGGCCAUGCCUCUGAGCGUCUGCAUCCGCCGCAGCUCGCGGCCCCCACAGGCGCUCAGUUCACACCCGCUCCCCCGCCAGGCCUAUCCGUGUGGUUCAGACUGCACAGGCGUCACUCGGCACGCCAGCGCCCCGACAGCUGGCAAACGGUCCUGCACAUUUCAGUGUCACGUGCAUGCGUGUCCGCAGCAGGCCCAACACAGAUCCUGGCACAUCAGAGCUGGGCGGCCUUGGAAAGUGGCAAGUCCAGACUCCCCUUCACGCGGGCAGGGAGACGGGGCCUGGGCAGGUUGCCUCAAUUCCCUUGCUGGCUGUGUGACCCUGGACUCCUCUAGGGCCCUCUCUGGGCAUUACCUCACAGAGUUGUUGGGAGGACCAAGGAGGUGACAAUGUGAUAGGAUCAGGAUUCAGGCCUGGGCCUCUACAGGUGUUCAGAAUUCCUCCCCAUGUGUGGGGAGGCAGCCACUCACCUGCUGUGUGACUUCAGGCAAGCGAUGCCCCUCUCUGGGUCCCCACCUCCCCUUGGGGAAAGUGAGGAGGGGGCCAAUGGUCUCUAAGGGCCUUUCCUGCCUUUCCCUGUCUGACCCCGGCCAGCUGAGAGGUGCUGAGCCGGAGAAGAUCCCAGUGCUGGCUGUGGGCCUGAGCCCUCCUGCACGGACUCAGCAACUCUAAUAACCUCCUGGCUACUCACUGACCCGUACGGGUUAUACCCCUUUUCCCACCACAACCCUGCGAGGCAGAUAUUGUUUCCAUCCUAUGGAUGGGAAAGUGGAGACCCAGAGAGGUGUAGCAGCUCGCCCAAGGUCACUCAGCAUGGAGAAAACAGAUGGGACUUGAACCCAGGCUUGACUCCCAAUCUAGUGCCCCUUUCCCUGCUUCCCUCACUCCACCUUGGGGCCAAAAGCCACGUGCCUAGGAUCCCUUCUGUUCCCCUCCGUUCUCCCAGCAGCUGUGCCAUCUCUGCCAAGCAGAAGCAAGGAGGCAGCUGGAAAGGAGGGAGAAUUAGAGACAGGGCCAGGAGGUUUUCCUCUCAGGCUGUGCUCAGCUAGGCUUGGGCUUGGAACUAGGUUUGGACACGAAACAGCUGGGUGACGGUAGCAGAGACUUCCCCCUCCCCCACGCCCCAGUGCCUGCGUCCUGCCAGGCCCUGUGCUGGGUGGCCUCAAGCACCCAGAGCUGACUCAGCCUGGCCCCUGCCCGAGGAGCUCCCUGUCUGGUGCAGAGACAAGGAAAUGCAACGCAUUGCCACACCAGGGUGGGAGGUGCCUAACAAGUCCUAGGGGUCAGGGAGGGCUUCCUGGAGGAGGAGAUGUCUACAGCCAGGGCAGUGUGAGUAGGAGUCUGCCAGACAAAGUAGGGGGGGAGGAGAGCAGAGGCAUGUCCUGGGGCGUGUGGGAGGAAGUGAAAGGAAUUCCUUGUGGCUGAAGCUCAGAACGGAGGUGGUGGUGGCAGGAAACAAGCCUGGGGCUGGACACGCGGGGCCUGGGGUGCCCAGAGGGCUGGUCUGGACUCUGUCCUCAGGGUAGCAGGGAGCCAUGGAAGGUUUCAAUCUGGGAGGUGGCAUGGUCUGCUGGAAAGAUCGUCCAGUUGCUGUGCGAUGAUGAACGGAGGCCGGCGGGUGUGGGGGGCAUGUGGGGACCUCCCCAGGUGUGUGGCGAGGGGAAGGCGACCAUUUAAGAGCCUGCACUGAGGGUGGGGUCAGUGGGGGUGCGUGAACAUGUCCAGGCAGUGUCUCUGAGAGGGCACCCUGCAGACCCACCUGAUUUGUCCGAGCAGGGCCGGGGCGUAUAGCGGCCCCCAAGGAAAGGGGGAAAGCCAGGCAGGCAGCAGGGCCUAAGCCUUGUAGGGUUGGAGCGCUAGGCAGGGAAACUGAGGCCAGAGCCCAGUUGAGCCUGCAUGUCCAGCAUUGGGGGCUGCGGCUCAGGGCUCCAACCCAUGAAACGAGCCUCACCCCCGUCCCGCCAAGGAUGGGCACAAGUCCAGAGGUGUCCGAGGCCUGACCUGUGCUCUGGGCCUCAGCUUCCCCCAGCAGCCCCAAGAACCUGGGUGCCUUUCCAGACCCUCCCCGCCCAAGGGCCACAGCGGCUGCCUCUGUCAGGGGAUGGCUUGAAGUGCCAACUUCCCCUUCCUGUCCCCUCUUUCUUUCCCUCUGAGCAGCCAGACCCCGACUGCGUGGGCUGGAGGGGCUGGGGGGUUUCCUGAGAAGCCGUGGACAGUCCCCACCUCGGCCUGAGUCACACUGAGAACUCGGUGACUGUUACUUGAGCGUCCGCUGUGUCAGGCGCUGUCCCAAGCACUGGAAGGCAGCAGUGGACGGGAGAGCCUCUGCCCUCAUGGCGCGGGCGGAGACCGACACGGAACAGAUGUGUGCCAUGUAUGUGAGCGGCAGUCAUGGCACAGGGCGAAAGGUGCCACGGAGAGAGGUGAGGUCUCCAGCCCAGAGGGCACCUUCUGCAAACAUGUCUGGGGACCCCUUGUCCGGCAAAGCUCUGAAGAUCAAGCGCGAGCUGAGCGAGAACACGCCACACCUGUCCGACGAGGCGCUGAUGGGGCUGUCCGUGCGGGAGCUGAACCGACACCUGCGGGGGCUCUCGGCCGAGGAGGUGACGCGUCUCAAGCAGCGACGCCGCACGCUCAAGAACCGCGGCUACGCCGCCAGCUGCCGCGUGAAGCGCGUGUGCCAGAAGGAGGAGCUGCAGAAGCAGAAGUCGGAGCUGGAGCGCGAGGUGGACAAGCUGGCGCGUGAGAACGCGGCCAUGCGCCUGGAGCUCGACGCGCUGCGCGGCAAGUGCGAGGCGCUGCAGGGCUUCGCGCGCUCUGUGGCCGCGGCCCGCGGGCCAGCCGCACUCGUGGCGCCCGCCAGCGUCAUCACCAUCGUCAAGUCCACCCCAAGCCCGGGGUCUGGCCCCGCCCCCGGCCCAGACCCCGCUCCCGGCCCGGCCGCCUGCUCCUAGUGCCCGCCCCGCCCGCCCCAUUCCCCCGAGCCACGCCCCAUCCCCCAGCCACGCCCCUCCGACCGCAUCUCUCUUCCCAAAGUGCCUGAGCAGUCUCUGUGCCCAGGUCCCAUUUCUUGCAGCCGCCAGCCCCUGUGAUAAACACACAUUCCCUCCCGGGGUCCUGUCUUCCUCGUGUAGCCCCUGAAACUGGGACCUAAUGGUCCUAGGAAGGGGCAAUCUUGGUGGUGGGGGAUUGAGGUUCCAGAUCUGGAGUCGCCCUUGGCUGAAAGUUCAGCCUUCUUAGAUUGGUAAGAACGGGAUACAAAGCUGGCUCAGAGAAGAGCUGUCGGGGGGAAACGAGGGCAUCCCUCAUUUUGGAAAUGGCUCUGAAUGUGCCAAUAUGCCCUCAAACCGUCCCAGGACUCAGGACUCAGUCUGGCUGUCCUGCUGGGAAACUGCACUGAAGAGAUUCUCCCACCCCUGCUUUGGGUGUGGAGGCGCCUGGCUUUCCAAAGCUAGGAGAGGGGUUAGAAUCGACUAGUGGAGCCCAGUUAACUGAUGGGGAGGCAGCCCUGCAGCGGACCCGAGGCCGCACACCACUUAGUAGUUGAGCUGGAACCAGAAGCUGAGUGUCUUACUGCUGCCCUGAGAUUCCAACUGUGGAACGGUGGGCAGGACUGAAAAGUUGAUGAGAGGGCCCCCCUGGCCUGGGAGAUGGCUCUCUGCAAGGGAAGGGCAAGAAGCAGAGGGACAGAGAAGGUGACACGGAUGGACGGGUGGGAAGGAGCUGGCCUGGCUCAGCCCUGGGCUCUCCCUGCAGUCAGGGUGCCCUGGAGACAGCCAGCCAGAGAGAAAGAGGACCAUGGUGGCGACUGCUGUGGCAGAUCCUGUGGUCCUACGGCCUGGAGUAGGGUCCUUGGAAGUAAGGGUCCCACUUGGACCCUGUGAGUAUCCACUGUGGGAUGGGGGCAGGCUGCAGCCAAUGAUUGCCAUUUUCCUGGAAGCCGGGCCCCAGCCCCUCCCCCAACACUGUAUACAGCUGCCCCUCCCCACUAUUUAUUGCACGAAUCUAAGUUAUUCUCCCCAGCCAGAGCCCUAGAUCCCACUCCCUGGAAAAGUGGCUUGUGGCCCUGAGCUGGACUUUAUAUUUUAUACCUGCAAAUAAAUCACAUUUUAUCUUAUAUUUAGGGAAAACCGAUGGCAAUAACAAAAAAAAUGUUUUAUAAAAAUUGCCUGGGCCCUAGAAUUUAUUUAUUUCCUGACUUACAGCGAGCGAGUUAUCCGCCUUCUGUAUUUUGUAGACUUUCUGAAUAAAGUCAAAUUCUUUUCCCACA